AUGGAUGUCUCGACGCUUAAGAUGAGUGAUAAUGACUUUCGCCAAUUCAUUGUCAUUAGAUCUCAAUUAAAACAUUCAAACAUUGGAUUUACAAUCGCCGGUGUGUUUGCCUACAGACUGACCACAUUUGUAUCGCCAAAGAGUGACUGCUUUAGAGCCGCAGUCUAUGAACACAUACCUCAAGGAAACCGAUCCACUGACGAGCCAUCGGUGGUAAUCCAGAAGAACCUCAAUGUCUACAAACAGAUCGCAUCCAAAGCCGCCGAAAAUGGUGCAAAUAUUAUGGUGUUUCCCGAGGAUGGUCUCAUAGAUCCCGCCUUUUCUCGCAAAAUUGUGGCCACAAUUACGGAAGCAAUUCCUGAUCCAAGACAUGGAGUGUAUAAUCCAUGCGAUAAACCUUUGGAUUACAAGUCAAGUCCCAUAACACUUACACUGAGCUGUUUGGCCAAAGAUAACCACAUGUAUGUUGGGGCCGAUCGCAUUGAAUGCAACAUCACUUCAGACCCCAAGUGUCCCAAAGAUGGCCACUAUAUGUAUAACACAGCCGUUGCCUUUGACCCGAACGGUGCGAUUGUGGCCAAGUAUCACAAAACGCAUCUAUUCUUUGAGGUUGAAUACAAUACUCCCUCUGAAGUGGAGUUCAUAUACUUUGACACACCUUUUGGUCGAAUGGGUUUAUAUAUAUGUUUCGAUGUGUUGUUCAAAAACCCCGGCACUCAAGAUGUGGCCAAAUAUGGUGUGCAGACAAUGAUAUUCCCGACGGAUUGGUUCGAUGAGCUGCCUCUAAGGUCAGCCAAACAGCUCCAGGAGGGCUGGUCUGUGGCCAAUCGGGUGAAUCUAUUGGCCGCUAAUGUCUUAGAGCCACAAAUUGGUUCCGUUGGAAGCGGUAUAUAUGCGGGACAAAACGGUCCGAUUGUCUACACAGACAUCACCACAAAAACGGCUAAACUCUUGAUUGCAGACAUACCGGUCGACAGCCGUAACCCUUCGGCUUCGUGUCUAAAACCCGACCAUCGGUUCAACAAAACCAUUUCAAUCGAAACCCUGAAAACAGACGCCAAAUACCAAAUGGCAGCCAAAAUGUACACAAAAGGGCAUAUAUUAAAAGAGUUGACUGAAAGUGAGGGCUCGUCAGUGGUUUGUGACUCCGGUUUCUGUUGUCAUCUAAACUAUUCACUCAAUUCGGUCGACGGACUGACGGGACAGUCGUUUUGGUGGUUUGUGGGCAACACUAGUAGUGGUCAUCCCAUCUCUCAAAUCUAUCCGAUGUGCGAAGAGAUAUGCGGUGUCUUCCGGUGCGAUGACGACCGGUGCGAGUCUUUCCCGACGAGUACUUCAACUGUAUUCAAAUGGCUUCGACUGAGCGCUACAUUCAGUACUAACUAUACGUAUCCGAGUCUCACGACUAAUGACUUGGCUUUAGUUCCCAAACAGUAUUGGGUUUACGAAAAUCGGCAACAAAUGAAUGGCUCAGAAGUGAGUCUCGAUUUAAACAAUUACGACAAACCACUGCUGACUAUGGGAAACCAAUCAAUAGACGACCCGAAAAUCAUUAUUCAGAAGAAUCUCAAUGUCUACAAACAGAUCGCAUCCAAAGCCGCCGAAAAUCCAUUGGACUACAAGUUCAGUCCCAUAACGCUUACACUGAGCUGUUUGGCCAAAGAUAAUCACAUCUAUGUUAUGGCCGAUUAUGGCGAUCGCAUUGAAUGCAACAUCACUUCAGACCCGAAGUGUCCCAGAGAUGGCCACUAUAUGUAUAACACAGCCGUUGCCUUUGACCCGAACGGUGCGAUUGUGGCCAAGUAUCACAAAACACACCUACACUUAGAAAAACAAUACAACACUCCCACUGAAGCGGAGUUCAUAUACUUUGACACUUCUUUCGGGAGAAUAGGUUUACAAAUAUGCUUUGAUAUGUUAUACAAAAACCCCGGCACUGAAGAUGUGGCCAAAUAUGGUGUGCAGACAAUGCUUUAUCCCACAUAUAUGGGCGGCGGACUGUCUAUUUACUCCACUAAACAACUCCACGAGGGCUGGUCUGUCACAAAUCGGGUCAAUCUGUUGGUCGCUAAUGUUCUUGUGCCUCAAUUUGGUGUCGUCGCAAGCGGUAUAUAUUCGGGACAAAACGGGCCAAUUGUCUACACAAACAUCACCUCAAAAACUGCCACUCUAUUGAUCGCAGACAUACCGGUCGACAGUCGUAACCCCUCGGCUUCGUGUCUAAAACCCGGCCAUCGGUUCACUAAAACCAUUUCAAUUGAUAGCAUAAAAACAGACGCCGAAUACGAAACAGAGGGUAAAUUAGACACAAAAUAUUUUUCACUUAAAAAAUUGACGGCAAGUGAGAGCUCAUCAGUGGUUUGUGACUCCGGUUUCUGUUGUCAUCUAAACUAUUCAAUCAAAUCUGCGGACGGACUAAAGGAUGAGUCGUUUUGGUUGUUUGCGGGUAACAGUAGUCGUCAUCCAUAUCCUGAAGUAUACCCGAUGUGUGAAGAGAUAUGCGGUGUCUUCCGGUGCGACGGCGAGUGCGAGUCCUAUCCAACCCGUGUUACCCAACAAACUGUAUUCACAAGUAUUCGACUGAGCGCUACAUUCAGUACUAACUAUACGUAUCCGAGUCUCACAACUAAUGACUUGGCUUUAGUUCCCAAACAGUAUUGGGUUUACGAAAAUCGGCAACAAAUCAAUGGCUCAGAAGUGAGUCUCGAUUUACACAAUUACGACAAACCACUGCUGGCUAUGCACUUAUAUGGCCGGUGUUUUGAUCGUGAUCCACUCUAG